CGUGACUCUGAAUAGCUUUAGUUAGCUAAUGCUAGAGCAAAAACCAUACAGGGAUUUUUUAACAAAACGAAACCAAAUCGAUAAAAAAAUCAAGGAAAGGACUAAACAUUUGCUGCAGGAGGUUUACCUGCAAUCCUGAAAGACCCUAUGGCUACUGACAUGUCCAUGGACACGGUGCUGGCUCCUGACCCUGCCCCAUCGUCCUCCCCUGGCCCCCAUCCUGCCCCGGCCUCCCCUCCUGCUCUUGGCUCCAAUGAAGCCCAAGAUCAGAUCUCCACCCAGGAGACAGCAGUACCAGAAAUCCAAGACACAGCGUUGACCUCAGAACCUGAUGCUGCCACGGAUCACAUGCCGGCUCAGCCUACAAACCCAGACACGGCCCCCGGCCCUGUGCCAGGCUCUGAGCUGCCCCCGGCCCCUGUGCUGCCAGACAGCGCUAAGAACCCCAGCUGUAAGAUCAUGACCUUUAGGCCCACCAUGGAGGAGUUCAAAGACUUUGCCAAAUACAUCGUCUACAUGGAGAAUCAAGGAGCUCACCGGGCUGGGCUGGCAAAGGUGAUUCCCCCAGAGGGCUGGAAGCCGCGGAAGUCUUACGACACCAUCGAGGACAUGGUGAUCCCAGCUCCCAUCAUGCAGGUGGUAACCGGACAGUCUGGUCUGUUCACCCAGUACAACAUCCAGAAGAAGUCUAUGACCGUGAGCGAGUACCGCAAGCUGGCCAACAGCAAGAAGUACUGCACACCCCGGCACAAAGACUUUGAUGACCUGGAGAGGAAGUACUGGAAGAACCUGACAUUUGUGUCACCAAUUUAUGGUGCCGAUGUCAGUGGCUCCAUCUAUGAUGAGGACGUUCAAGAGUGGAACAUCGGCCACCUGAACACGCUGCUUGAUAUGGUGGAGCAGGAGUGUGGCAUCGUCAUUGAGGGUGUCAACACUCCCUACAUGUACUUUGGGAUGUGGAAGACCACAUUUGCCUGGCACACUGAGGACAUGGACCUCUACAGCAUCAACUACCUGCACUUUGGACAGUCAAAGUCAUGGUAUGCCGUCCCCCCUGAGCACGGCAAGAGGCUGGAGAGGUUGGCACAAGGCUUCUUCCCUGGAAGCUCCCAAGGCUGUGACGCUUUCCUCCGCCACAAGAUGACUCUGAUUUCUCCGUCCAUCCUCAAGAAAUACGGCAUUCCCUUUGACAGGAUAACGCAGAAUGAAGGGGAGUUUAUGGUCACAUUUCCUUAUGGCUACCAUGCUGGCUUUAACCACGGCUUCAACUGCGCAGAGUCUACAAACUUUGCCACCCUCCGCUGGGUGGAUUACGGCAAAAUGGCUACCCAGUGUACCUGUCGUAAAGACAUGGUGAAGAUCUCCAUGGACGUGUUUGUACGCUGCCUGCAGCCCGAUCGCUACGAGCUGUGGAAGCAGGGCAAAGACGUCACGGUGUUGGACCAUCUGAAGGCCACUGGGCUCAACAGCCCUGAACUAGAGCGCUGGAGGGAGCAUCGUGUAAGCCACAGAGCAAAUGUUCUGCGAAGGUCCCUGCAGAAGAUGAAGCUGUUUCGUCGUCUAAAGCUGGAGGAAGUCAAGGUGCUGGCAGAGGAAGGCAUUGAGCUGAAUGCAGCGGAGUACCAGCGUCAGGUGGAAGAGCGCGAGGCACAGCGGAGGAAGGAACGAGAGGAGCGGCUAGCCAAAGAGGCGAUGAUGACGCUGGAGGCCAUGGAGCGUGAGGAGCAGGAGGCUGCCGAGGCCGCUGCGAAAGCGGCAGAGAAUCCAGAAAUAGAAGAACAAGAACCCGAGGCAGAACCACAGAUCCUGGCAGAGGACACUGAGAAAAAGAAGCAGAAAAAGCCGAAGAAGUUGUCAAACAUUAACGACCCCAUCACUGGGUUUGAGGAAGCAUUUGCACAGUUUGCUACCUCCAGCUUCCAGAACUCAGAAAACGACAUGGUCAGUCAUCCAGAGCUGGAUGUGAGUGCUCCCCAGGCAUGCUACUCCAAGGUGAAGAUGCCAACAGAGGUAAAAAAGAGUCGGCGUCACCCGCUCAGCAAGCCACCCAUGCGCUCCCCUUUGUCCAUCCUCAAACAAGAACCGACCAGCGACAAAGAGCCGUCCUCCCCCACGCAGCUGGACAGCGACAUGAAGAAACAGGAGCACCUGUGGCAGAAUCACUCGCCCAACUUCCUGGCAGAGAAGGCUUUCAAUGCUGCAGUGGCAGCGCUGCAACCACACUGCGCUAUCUGUUCCCUCUUCUGUCCCUACCCUGAGCCACACAAAGACAGUUUUGCGUUGAAUGAAACCCACCGCUCCUCCCUUCCCCGUCGGACUCGUCCGCUGGUCCCAGAGAUGUGCUUCAGCGUCGGUGCAGGCAACACCGAGCCUCCACCCACCAACUAUCACAUUGGAGAGGAUGGAACCAGUCCUCUGCUCUGCUGUUCAUCUUGCCACAUGCAGGUUCAUGCAAGUUGUUACGGUGUAAAGACGGACUCGGUCAGGGAUUCCUGGAUGUGCCCCAGGUGUGCGGCAGGAGCCUGGACCGUGGAGUGUUGUCUCUGUAACUUGCGUGGAGGAGCUCUGAAGACCACCAUUGAUAACCGAUGGGUCCAUGUCAUUUGUGCCAUCGCUGUGCCUGAAGCCCGCUUUGUCAACGUCAGUGAGAGGGAGCCGGUGGACGUCAGUGCCGUUCCUGAUACACGCAAAAAUCUGAAGUGUGUGUUCUGUUAUGGAAAGACAGCCAAUCAGAACCGCGGCGCCUGCAUCCAGUGCUCAUAUGAGAACUGCGCCACCUCCUUCCACGUCACAUGCGCACAGAUCGCCGGAGUCGUCAUGACACCGGCCGACUGGCCCUACGUGGUGUCCGUCACCUGCCACAAGCAUAAAAGAGUCCCUCCAAAGCCUCGGACGGCUCACAAAGGACAGCAGCCUCUGAACCUCGGGCAGAAAGUGGUUGGUCGAAACAGUGAUGGCUGGUACUACCAUUGUACCCUCAUCGGCAUUGCAACACAGACAUUCUACGAGGUCAACUUUGAUGACGGCUCGUACUGUGACAACCUGCACCCAGAAAACAUAUUGAGUCACGACUGCCUGGUUGCGGGUCCUCCUGAGGUGGGGGAGUUGAUAGUGGUUGGCACGUCCAAUGGUCAGAUUGUCAACGCUUCUUUUGUGAAAGAGCACACCCACAAGUUCUACCAGGUUGAGUUUCAGGACCAGAGUCAACUGAUACUUAAACACUCAGAGAUCCAUCUGCUGGAGCAUGAACUCCCGAAGAGGGUCCGAGCGAGACUGGCCAUACCCGUACCACAGGUUGGGGUUUCCUCCACAGAUGAAGCCCAAGCAGCCAAACGCCGUUGCCUGCCGUCAGGCUCAGCCCCGCCCACUGAAAGACCCAUGGAGACAACCAAUAAACCUCCAUGCCCCCUGACUACAACUGCUGUAGCAUCACGAGGAGCAGAACAUCUCAGUAUUCCUACAUCAACAACCUCACUACCUUUACCCACAACCCUACAUGGGGCCCCCUCCCACACCAAUGGUAUUCAGAUGGACGUUGAGACCCCAAUGGACACAAGCGUCGCCCUCAGAGACGCUGUAACGGAGUCCACCCUGGCCUCAGACGCCAUGCUGUCUCCGCAGCCAAACCCUUUUUCAGUGGACGUUUCCUACAUGGAGAGCCUCCUCAAUUCACAUUUCCAUCAGGACAGCAGUCCGGGACCCCUGUAUUGAAACUCCACUCUGUUAUUACUCUGCCAGUGGAGGCUGAGCCAAUAGGAAUAGCUCUCGCUGAGGUGGAUUCACUGAGUACUUAAUUAUGGACAAGAAACAUUUCCUCCACCGGCUCAGAGAGCUCAGGGCGGGAGCGAAAACAGACACAGGCACUCUUUAAUGCAUGCUCCUUUUUUCUAUUCUAUGAGUUAAUGUAUUUGCAGUGGUGCUUCAGUGUGUUCUGAAGCAUACAGUGCUCAGCGUAAAUGACUACACCCACUUUGAAAAGUAACAUUUCAAACAAUAUCUCAAUGAACACAAAAACAAUUUUCAAAAUGUUGACAGGACCAAGUUUAAUAUAACAUCUGUUUAACUUACAACAUGAAAGUAAGGUUAAUAAUGUAACUUAGAUUACACAUAUUUCACACUUGUAGCCUCUUCACCUUUGCGGUGUAAAGAAAUUAUUUUCUGUAAUUAUGUGUUGUCAUUGCUAACAACAUGAAAUGGGAAGGGGUUUUCUUUAAGUAACACCCUUUUAUAGUCAACUGAUUUGCUGGACACCUGUGUAAGGGAUAAUAAGACUCACCUGUGUAAUGAAUAAUUAGACUCAACUGUGGUUGAUUAUUGUUAAAUUAGAUAUUUGUAGUCUAAAAUGUAGCUUUGCUCCAGAGACUUUCAGUGGGGUGUACUCAUUUUUGUGUCGUGUCAACAUUUUGGAAAAUGUUUUUGUGUUCAUUGAGAUAUUGUUUAAAAUGUUACUUUUGGAAGGAGGUGUACUCAUUUACGCUGAGCACUGUAUAUAUGUAUAUUUUUUUUCUGACAUAAUUAAUUUUAUUUGUUUUUCUAGGCCCUUUUGGGCUUUUCCUUGUUUGGUCAGCUGCUAUGCUUCUAUUCUCCAUUUUAAUAUGAAUACGUCUAUGAGUGGAAUCAACUCCAUACCUCGGUGCAUUAACUCGAUGACAGCACACUCCCAUUUUCUUUGUACAGAAAACUAAAUAUUAUGACGGCCUCUCAGCAUUAAGGCCCCUUUUGGACUUCUCUUCUUUUUUUUUCAAAUCAAACAACCAGCAACACAUUUUCUAUUUUACAACCAGGCCGCUUGUGGCUUAGGAAGGUGGAACUAAAGUGUUAAUUUUCCGCCUCAGGAUAUUCCCAGUUGAGGUGUUAAUUGGUCGGAAUGCAAGAGGGGGUGGGGGAAUGGGGGUAAAACAAAUGUAUUGUAGGGGAACUCAGUAUUUAAAUGUCCUAGUCAAAUAUCGAUAUAAUUAUUUGUGGUGGCAGAAAAAUGUUGAAUGCAAACACUCAUAGAUUUGUUUUCAGGAUGUGUCACAGUAGUUAACAGACCUUUAUGUAGUGACAUCAUUCAAUCUGACAUUUGGCAGCUCCACUUUUCUCACCUAAAACUAUCUCAGGGUUCCUACAUGUGGAAAAUGUUGCUUUAACAUCCAAGUCUUCACACAGUUGAGGAAGAACAGAACAGCCAGGAAAAUAUUCCUCAGCCAUUAAUGGCUCAUGAAUACCCGUUGCUGAUAUUUGCUCCAGUUUGUCCUCUAUUAUAAAUAAUGUCUCUCUUUGUCUUCUUUUUCCUAUUACCACAUGAUCUGGCGGAACAUUAUGAAGUCCAUGUAUAGGAUACAAGUCUGGAAUGUGUCUGUUAUUCGUAAAUGGGAUUUUGUGUAUAUGUAGGAACCCUACAAUCUGAAAAUAUGUUGGACUAUUAUUUGUUUUAAUUGUAUGUGUAAGUCAAUAUUGUAUAUUAAGUAUGUGUUUUUUUUAUUGCCCUAUGUACAUUUUUCUAAUUUUGAUUUUAUAAACUUGGCCUAAUCAAAAUAUUAAUGGGUUUAUUUUUGACACAUUUCAACAUAUUAUACUCAGUUUGAACUAGUUUAUACAUUUUUUUUUUUGUGGAUAUGGCCGCACUUUGCUCCAGAGGUGCUUUGAGAGACAUUGAACUACUGAUGGACUGAGUUUCGGAACACUGUCAACCUGUACAUACCAAGGCCUUGUGUAUUGUGAAUCAAAUUUGUAAAUGUCGCACAUAUACUUCUCUUAUUCUUUUCUUUGUUCCUGUAUCCAAACGAAAUCCAUUAAGAACAUUUUAUUUCAGAGGGAUUAAAUUGGGUUGCUAGUCCA